AUGAAGAUCCAGAAGAUUCGGCGGAUUUGCGUGCACACCGCGGCCUUCGUUGCUCUUUUUGCCAGCGCUGCCAUACUGAUCUUCGUCCCUUGCGAGCUUCCGGAGAUGUCCCAGCAGGACUUUUUGAUGCGCCAUGGCUUCGGCCUCGUCGGCGUGAUCACCUGCAGCGGAACGGCCUUCGCACCCUUCCGAGCUCUUCUAAGAGCACGGGAGAGUGGCUCCCUUGCCGGCAUGGACACUCGCUCUUGGCCGCUCUACUUCAUCAAGUCCAUCACCGGCACAUUGUAUGCCGUCAUGCUGGGGGACAUGUAUGUGCUGCUGGCGAAUGUCAUUAGCGUGGUGAUGUGGAUGUAUUUCUGCCUUGCUGCCAUUGGCCUGCUAUCACGCGAGGAGGGUGAGCUAGCACCGCCAGUGUUAGACGACCUGGGCGACGCGGGCUUGCUGAUGCGGAAGGAUGCACUGCAGCUUCACGAACUCUCGAAGGCCUACCGAAAGAAGGCCAUCCGGCGAACCGAGCAGCAGGUGUCCCUGGGUAUGGGCCUUAUGUUCGUCUUAUCCUUUCUGACACAAGUGAAAGGUCAGGAGGGCCUUGAAUUCCUCGAUGUCGUCUCCGUGGAGCAGCGCCUGUAUGGCUUUUCCUUGCUGACCAUGGCCAUCAGCCUCAUCUGCUAUUCAGCGCCGAUCGGGCGUCUUUGGGUACUGAUUCAGAAGCGGGAUGGCUCCUCGGUCUUUGUUCCCUAUGCCCUGGCACAGUGUGUGCACAACUUGGUCUGGCUGGGCUAUGGCAUGAUCCUGGGGAACGCAGCUGUGAUGGUGCCGAAUAUUCCCGGAGUCUUCUGCACGGUCGCGCAAAUCCUGAUCAAGCUGAGGUGGCCCGGGGAUGCGGAAAUCUCCGGCCCGGCGCACAACAGGGCCGCCAGGAAGGAGAGCUUCGCGCAGGAGCAUUCGGAGGGUGGUCUUACGACAGUCGCUGCCGGGACCUCGUCAGAUAAGUGUGAGGCCAUGGAGGACACCGCCACGGAAGCGACCACGGCAUCAACGGAGGCCGACAGCUCUACUGCAGCUGGAAGGAGCCGGGCGACCCUCGCUCAGCGCAGCGUGACGCUGCCGGACCUGGUGCCCAUCUUGAAGGAGAAGGGCGUUUACGAGGAUUACCUGAAAUGGCAGCGGGACUACCAGAAGUGGCGCGCUGCCGCGCCUAGGAGUUCUGCAGAGGAGACCGCCUAA